AUUUAAUCUUGGAAUGAAUUAUUUCAUGCCAAUACUGAUAGUAUUUGCUUGUUUGCAAGAUCAUGUGCAAUCAAAAUGUGCAGGCACAUCUGGAACUGAAUGUUGUUUUGGAUUCUCAUGGGAUUCUUUGAGCCAAAGUUGCAAACCGUGCAGACCUGGAUUUGAUGGAAUAAAUUGUAGUAAAACGUGUAGAUAUCCUAACUUUGGAGUGGAGUGUCAAGGAGAAUGUAAAUGUCCACCUGAAUUGUGUGAUUUCUCCUUAGGCUGCGUGAUAACAUCAACAAAAGAGGAGUUCUCGGAAAGCACAACAGGAAUUUCAGAAACUUACAGACAGGCAACUAAAUCUAACGCAGAAAAUGAAUCAGAGCAAGUGCUGUUUAGAUUUCACAAACAAUGGUUAAUUGUAGUCUUCAGUUUGUUCUGUACUAUUAUUGCAAUCAUUGUAAUAUUUAUUUGCUGCGGAAAAAAAAUAAGGGGUGCAUUUUGCAAGAAAAGAAGUGCAAAGUCACAAGGUCAGAAUAUGACCCGACGGUCUUCAGAUUCAUACACUCAUUUGAAGGAGAAUAUUUCUAACCAGGGCAGGAUUAAGAAUCAUUGUACAUUUCACGAAGUUAAAGACGCGCAUUCAAUUUAUGAAGAAAUUGACUCGGAUACAACAACUAAAUUCAAGAGUCACCCGUCAUUUCUAAGAAAUCAGACCGAUUUUGGACUUUCACCGAAAGAAGGUACAACUUAUAUUGAGAUAAUUGAAUCUGAAGAUGGUCCAAGUAAUACUAAUAACAAAAAGGUGGAAGUUCAAGACAAGGACGAUGAUAAAACGGAAAUCAUGCAAUCAAGUUAUAUCGAAAUGUGUCAACAAUCCGAGGACAACAAUUCCUAUCUAUCUGCAGUUUAGACGACUUAAAAUAAAGCUACGACCAAAUGCACAUAUUCGUUCGCCAACAACAAUAAAUAAAUUUUAUUUUACUUUUACACUUGCCUCCAUUGUCUAUAAUAGUAUUCAUUUAUAUUUGUAACUUUCAUGCAUUGUUUAA